AUGGUUUGUGCAGAAAAGAUGAAGGAAUCUGGACCAAUGAUUCAAGAAAAAGGUUUGAUUCUCAACUCGAAGCUUGGUGGUUCUGAUGACUUCAAAGCCAGUAGUGGCUGGUUAGAGAAAUUCAAAAUUCGCCAUGGUAUAAGGCAACUCAAUAUCGAGGGGGAAAAAUUGUCUGGAAAUGUCGCAGAAGUUGAUUCAUUUGUUUCAAAGAUUGAAGAUUUGAUAAGAGAUGAGAAUUUAUCCCCAGAUCAAAUUUACAACUGCGAUGAAACCGGACUGUAUUGGAAGGCCCUUCCUGAAAAAACUUUAGCUGCGGCAAAUGAAACUUCUGCUCCCGGAAGGAAACGAAUGAAAGAUUGGGUCACUGUUUUAGCCUGCUCCAACGCAUCGGGUUCCCACAAGCUUGAACUAGCUGUUGUUGGGAAAAAUUGGUUGAAUUGUGACAUGGAAGAUGCAGGCUUCCAGUUGCUCAAUGAUGAGGACUUAAUAGCAGAAGUCCGGAAUUCUCCAAAAGAAGAUGAUGAAGAUGAGAAUGAUUCUGGAACAAAUAAGAUAAGUAACAAUGAUGCAUUUGAGAGUUUUGCAAAAGGUCUUGCUUGGUUGGAACAACAGGAACAGUGUGAUUCCUCUGAACUCAUGAUUUUAAGAAAACUUCGGGAUAGAGCUGCACGGCAAAGGACGGCGAAAUUGCACCAGAUGAAACUUCCAUUUAAACCAUUGUAA